GUCAUAACAUGGCGGAGCUGUGUCGUUCACGGGACACUUACUGGGUCAGGAUUUCUUUAAGGUUUGCCCCCUCAGUGGGCUGGAAGCUUCCACAAGCCGGAAGAACACGAGCAGCGAGGAGUACGUUGUAGGGGAUGGAGAUAGACUGCCAGCCUGAGGAGUCCAUUGUCUCUGCUUUUGACGAAGACUGUGUUGAGCUUGGUGACGUGAAGGACAUGAGAUUGGAGGCGGAAGCUGUGGUCAACGAUGUUCUCUUUGCCGUGGCUGAAAUGCACGUAUCACAAAGUCUCAGCAGCGCAUCGGAUGUGGCCUACAUUAACGUGGAAACAAGAGAGGGGAAUCGUUAUUGUCUGGAGCUCACAGAAGCCGGACUGAGGGUGGUGGGCUACGCUUUCGAUCAAGUGGAUGAGGAUUUGAGCACCCAGUAUCAUGAGACUGUUUACUCCCUUCUGGACACGCUCAGUCCGGGUUACAGAGAAGCCUUUGGGAAUGCUUUGCUCCAGCGGCUGGAGAGGUUGAAGCAAAACGGACAGUAGAAAGGACCAAGAUGCUGCUUACGAUACACACAUUAAACAGGGCUUGAUACCAUGGGUGAUAUUUGGAUGUGCGCCAAUAACCACCAAGUCUGGUCAAAUACUCGUUUAUUUGAUGUCCAACUGCAUAGCUUCCACUACAAUAAGGGCUGCACGGCUCUAUCAGCGUUGCUUUGUUCUGAGUUACAUACCGUUGAAUGAUUUCAUGUUACUUAAGUUCACGGGCUGCUCUGUUGCAACAUUGUGUUGUUGACUUAACCGUGGAGAGAGCUUUCUGCUUCAUAAAUGGUACAGAUUUGUAACAGUGCUGCGCCUUUUGUAUUUAUCAGAAUGAUCGGAGAAAGAAGCAGCAAGUUGCGUUAACAGUGAUCCAGUUUCCCCUUCUGCCCUGCGAUAUCUGCUCAAAUAUACCCAACUAGUUUUUUUCUCAGCAGGUGUCUCUGUGAAAGAGCCAAAGCGAAGUUCUUUUCAAGUGUGUGCUGCCUUAAUGACUGACUUGAUUCAAAACAGAUGAACUCAUUGACUUGUAUUUUACUCGCUUUGUAUUGACGGAGAUAACGGUAUAUUACAGGGCUGCCAUUUCACAUGGAGAAGUAGGUCAGAAACAAAUUCAACUUCUUUUCAAAGCUCUGAUUAUGUUGUGAAACAUGACAACACUGUGUAUGCAGUACAAGUCAUCAAGUUAACUGUGUUUCAAUAGGAUUCUUUUAUUUUUCCAUACUGCGUAGCGCAUUGCAUCUCAAGCUUGUAAUUCAAACUUUAGCUGAAAUGGGCAAAAGCUAUUUGUGUGGAAGUUUAAAUAUACUUCUGUGUUCUUAUCUUUAAGCUUUUAAGUUCUUUCAGAGUGCACAGAAUUUAAUAUUCAGUGAUGACUUUUAAAGCUGCUUAAAAACAUAGGUUUUCUGUACAUGUGACCUGGUUAUAGUCCGUCUUCAGUGUUACGAGAGCUAUUUUGAGAAAACUUGUACCUACUUUGCAUUGAUACUGUCAUCAUUCCUUGCUGCUGGCCUUUGCUCAGACCAAUAAAAUUUCAAAGUAUGUCA